UUGAACUAGGCCAGGAGGCCCAUUUGGUGGUAGAGACGAAGGAGUGUCUUUCUUGUUGCUUGUUCCAACUUCCAACUUGGCGUCUCUCUCUGCCUACACAACACAACACAAAACAACUCAACAGAUUACAGAGACCGAAACAACUGUUCCACAUUCAUAAUCUCUCAGAACUACAGAGAUUAGAUUAAGAUAAUAUCCCGCCAAGAGAAAAAACCUUCUAGGGUUUCUCGUAAUUGGGCUUGUUAUGGCGUCCUAUACUCUCUCUGCUGUCGUAGUUGUUCCAUCUUCAACUUCACAAUCUUCUUCCGGGAGCCACUAUAGAGCUUCUUGUCCCCUCCUCUCAUGGCGUCUGAAUCGAUACGACCUAUCCACCUCCUUUAUUGGUCGCCAGCUCUCGAUUCGGCCCUCCAAUUUGAUGCAUUUGGCUACGAAGCAUCGGCCAGCUAUUGCCACAGUGCUCUUCAGCCUCCCAACUGCGAAACCAGAGAGGACUCCUCAGGAGAAAUCCCCAAAAUGGUCCGCGAGGGCGAUAAGGUCGUUUGCUAUGGCGGAGUUAGAAGCGAGAAAGCUCAAGUAUCCCAAUACUGGCACAGAAGCACUUCUGAUGGGGAUUUUGGUCGAGGGAACGAGUAUAGCUGCAAAAUUUUUAAGAGAAAAUGGAAUCACACUUUUCAAGGUGCGAGAAGAAACUGUAAAUUUACUUGGAAAAUCUGAUAUGUACUAUUUCAGUCCCGAGCAUCCUCCAUUAACUGAACCAGCUCAGAGAGCCCUUGACUGGGCUGUUGAUCAGAAACUAAGCUCAGGUGAAGAAGGGGAAAUAACGGUAUCUCAUCUACUUCUAGGGGUUUGGUCUGAGAAAUUGUCAGCUGGUCACAAAAUAUUGGCAUCCCUAGGUUUUGAUGAUGAGAAAGCCAAAGAACUUGGCAAAUCCAUGGACAAGGAUUGUGUUUUAAGCUUUAAAUAAUAGGAGUUCAUAUAACCUCUUGAUUUUGAAAAAUCGUUAGUUUCUUUUGUAAACUUCUCUUGACAGUCUCCAAAGGCCAUUUCUUCCCUCCCUGUGCUAUAUUUGUUAAUGAUGAAGUUACUUAAAUGGGUAUAUUUCAGAAUUCAAUUCUAGAAGUUUCAUUUUUGUAAGGAAAGAAAACAAAUUGACAUAUAUUAUAGACAUCCUAAUUUUUCAACAAGGUUUGGCAAUAAGUAGAUGAAAUCAUGUUUAUGCCAA